AUGGUGGUGUACACCAACCAGAGUGUUUUUGUUGCGUUAUUAGUCGGCACAGUGGCUCAAUGGGUCAGCUUCAUCGAUGCCGUUGACGUUACCCGUUGCCAGACGGUUGGCGGUGGUUGGCGGGAGAGUGGGGAGGUGCCGUCGAAGAAGGUCUAUGAGGACGACCUUGUUUACGCCUUUCGAGAUAUCAGCCCUGUCGCCCCGGUUCAUGUGUUGUUGAUCCCAAAACACAAGGGUAAUCUCACUAGGCUAUCCAAAGCUACUGAGAUGGACAAGGACUUGCUUGGACAUAUGAUGGUAACUGUUCCUAAGGUUGCCUCUGCUGCUGGGUUAGAUGAGUAUCGUCUCGUUAUUAACGAUGGAGCUAGUGCUUGUCAGAGUGUGUGGCAUUUACAUAUGCAUAUCAUCGGUGGACGCCCUAUGAAGUGGCCCCCGGGAUGA